CGCGUCGGUGGGAGGGAUUAUCCACCAAGUAGGGCAAGUGGCUGAGGCUGAGGGACUGCGACUCAUUUCUCCAGCCGUCGGCUCAAGGGUGCGCAGACGGGACGAGGGGAGCGAUUCAAACCCUCCUCUUCCUCCUCCUCCUCCUCCUCCCCCUUCCAUCACAUAUUCGCCCUAAAGUGAACAUGGUAAAGUGCACGCGACGGCGCAGCGAGCAGAAACCCGAGGAGCUUCCGUCGGGAGUCUGAUGCGCCCGCGGAUCCAUCGGCGACGCUUUGGGAGAAUCGUCCCACUUGUUUCGUCCGGCGACGUUUCGAUCCUCCAAAUGUUCCGCGAUGGAACCAAUCGGCACUUUCGCGCAGAACGUGCAGGCGCUGCUCGACGCGGCGAAUUACCUGGAAAAUGUGGAGAAGAGCAACGGAAAGUGUGAGCAUGGAUAUGCUUCCACAUACCCAGAAACCCAGACUGCACUACAACUGAAACAGCGUAAAUUCAAGAACCGGAAAUCUGACAAUAUUCAUAAUAGGUCAGCACACAAUGAACUGGAAAAAAAUAGACGAGCACAUCUCCGCCUGUGCUUGGAGAGGUUGAAGUCCCUCAUCCCUCUGGGGCCGGACUGCAGUCGGCACACCACACUAGGACUGCUGAACAAGGCCAAAGCACAUAUCAAGAAACUUGAAGAGAUGGACCGGAGGAGUCUCCACCAGCUGGAGACCUUGGAGAGGGAACAGAGGCACCUGCAGAGGCAGCUAUCCCAGCUGCAGACCCAUGGAGACAGAGAGAGGGUCUGCACGGACAGCCAGGGGUCCCACAUGGACUCGGGGUCGGACAGAGAGGAGAUUGAAAUCGAUGUAGAAAGCACUGAGUUCUCCCAUGGAGAAAUGGACAGCGUGAGCACCAGCGGAACCAGCGACCUGGACGACCUCAGCAGCCGGCAGAGCUCGGCCAGCGACGAGGGCUACUCCACCUGCAGCCUAAAGCUGGCCUGCUCCGCCUGAAGCAGUCCUGUCGCGGCUCUCACCAGAACCCACCAGCCCACCGCUCCAUUCUCCCUCUGCAGUUUAGGGUUAGGAACCCCCCAUUCACCCGAAACGUCAAUUCCCCCCCGAGAACCAGCCUUAAAUCCGUCACUCCUUCCAGAAGCAGCUUCAAAUUGAACUUCUCUGGCAUAUAGACAGUUUUGUCAUUUUCCAGAGGGCACCUGAAUGUCCCGUAAGCCCAUUGCCAGCUUGAAUCAGCCAUACCUGCACUCGCCAGCGACCCUGCAGAGGACCCAACACUUGACGGUCAAGUUCCUCCUCUGAAACCAGCAAAUACACUAAAAAGCCAAUACCAGCUAGAAGCUCACCACGGUGACACAAACCGGUUUGCUCCAUUUGCCUUUUAACAACGUUGCCCCUUUUUUGUCUGGAUAAAAUGUCCAGAUGGCACUUCUUGACUGUGUGCAAGCCAGUGGCAAGGGCUCCAAUGUCUGGGAUUCCAAAAUGCUCAUCACACCCCUAGACGCUUCUGCUUUGAGACCAACACUCACUGAAAUACAGUCCACCCUUGUUAUUCUAAUUUAUUUUGUGCAUGAUUAUAGGAUUUAUUUUUUGGUAUAUUUAGUUUUAAUGUAGCUAAGUACACUUAGUUUUCUUCAUAAUCUCCUAAAGAAAUAGUUUACCAAAUGACUUGACAUGAAAUUCAACCAAACGAAGCAUUUGCAGUGCCGAAGGUUUUUUAAAGCAUUACUUCAGAUUUAGUUGAAAGAAUUAAAUCUGUUCACGCGGUGAGAAAUUUGGAAAGUAAUGAGCUGUCCCGCACAGGCUGGGAGCCAUAAAGUGGCUACUUCUAUCACAACUUGCCACACUAUCCCAACACCCAAAUUCCAGUUUGAGUUUCCCACUUGCCCCAGUAGUCACAUACUAACAUUCAGUAGGCAAAAUGAUUGUAAUUGAAGCUAUGGAUAUCAUAUUGGGCAUCGGAUUGACACAUGUGACAAUGUCGCAAGUACUACAGAUAACCAAUUUAGAUUUAUACUUCCAAUGUUUAAUACUGUAGUUUUUAUGCUGUGUAGCACAACAAGUUAAAAUUCUUGCCAUUUUGAGACUUCCCAUUACUAAUUAUAUAUAUUUUGGACAUAGAAUUGCACUGCUGACCUUUUAGAAUCAAUGAAACCAAAUAAGAUAUUUUUAAUACGAUUCAAUAACAUUUGUUUUUCCUGGUCCAAGUCCAAAGGAGAUCACCACCAAAUUGUGUCUUAACACGAGCAUAUGACUCUUGCACAAAGUUCCUUGUUACAGG